AAUUAGGUGGUGGUGUCGGUCAAGGCUAUAGAACUCCGUGUCGGUGUUUUCGGUUAUUUGGUAUAGUGUCUUUGAUGGUAGUAGAUGGCUUUUGUGGAUCUUUGAUUGCAAUUUUUUCAAUGGCUUGAAUGAAUAAUUGAUUGCCAGUCAAUAUUGAGAUGGAUCAGCAAGAGUCUGAACCGCCGCCGUCCAUGCGGGCUGCGUCAAUGACACCGGUAGAAUCAAAGUGGUCUCGGGAGGGCUCUGCUGACGGCGACGAGGAAUGGGGUCCGUCAGAGUGUGUGAGGCGGUCCCAGAGGCGGAGGAACACCACUCCCAUAGACAGUGGCUCCGAGGGCAUCCUUGAGCCGACUGUGAAGGAGGAGAUAAAGAUGGAAGUCACCUCACCAAGGGUUGAGCGGCCGUCGUCUCCCUCGGUGUCGGAUGAGGAUCUUUUGUCGGACCGCGCUCUCCAGUCUGUAGUGAAGGAGGAAAAGUUACGGUGUCGGUCGCCGUCAUCGUCCGAGGACUUCAUCGGGUUCACUGAGGUGGACCGGGACAGUGCUUGGUUCAUCUCCAAUGUGAAAAGGAAUCUGUUGCCGGAUAUUUUGUCAGACAGUCAAGACUCUGUUGAAGCAUGUGCUGAAGGAGUGUUCAUCAAGAGUCAACGUAUGGUCAUAAACUACCGGGACGUGGAUGGUCUCGAUGAUGGUAACAUAUUUUGUGACGUGUGUUGCCGCGAUUUUGACGGAGAGUGUCCCGUUCAUGGACCGCUGAAGGUCAUACCCGAUACCAAGGCACGACCCGGUAUCGGAGAUGCCGAAAGGGACCUCAAGACUCUGCCGUCGUCUCUCAGCUCUGGUCAGUCGAAAAAUCCAGCAUCUGGCAACGGAGUUUUUGCGGAGAAUGAUCUUCCUGCGCGCCAAAGACUUGGUCCUUACGAGGGCAUCUUGACCACCGAGCAGGGUCAGGCUCGAACCACCGGGUACAGAUGGCAGAUGAAGAAGGGUGAGCGUGUGCAUCACUUGGUGAAUGCCGAAGACCCGAGCUGCAGCAACUGGCUCAGAAGGGUCAACUGUGCCCGCUCGGAGGAAGAACAAAACCUAGUGGCCUUCCAGUACCGGGGUCAGAUAUACUUCAGGACGUCAAAGCCCGUCCCGAGGGGCUCAGAGCUGCUGGUGUACUACGGAGACGACUCGGCCCGGGAGCUGACCGUCCACUCGGAGAGGUCUGGGGAGGCUGUGACUUCCUCUCCGGCCGGACCGUCAUCCUCAGGUAUUGGUGGUGCACUUCAGUGUCCCCACUGCGACUUCAGAUGUCUCGGAAAACAUCGUCUGGACAGACACGUGAGAAGAUGUCACAUCGCCAGAAACGGCAGAUUUCAGUGCGAGUGGUGCAAGUACUCGACCGACCACUUCAGAGAUGUGAGACGCCAUCGUAGGACUCACACUGGAGAGCGGCCAUUCGGUUGCUCCAUUUGCACGGCACGAUUCGCUAGACGGGAACACCUCACUACACACAUGCGGACCCACACUGGGGAGCGGCCAUUCGGUUGCUUGAUUUGCACAGCACGAUUCACUGAACGGUCAUCCCUCACGAGACACAUGCGUACACACACGGGGGAGCGGACGUACGGCUGCACACACUGCCAGGCCCGGUUCGCUGAACGAGCAAGUCUUACCAAACACAUGCGGACCCACACUGGGGAGCGGCCAUUCGGUUGCUUGAUUUGCACAGCACGAUUCCCUGAACAGUCAUCCCUCACGAGACACAUGCGUACCCACACGGGGGAGCGGCCGUACGGCUGCACACACUGCCAGGCCCGGUUCGCUGAACGAGCAAGUCUUACCAAACACAUGCUGACCCACACUGGGGAGCGGCCGCACGGCUGCUCCUUCUGUGCGGCACGGUUUGCUCAACGGUCUGCUCUCACCAGUCACCUGGAAACCCACACGGGAGAGCGGCCGUUUGGCUGCUCUAUCUGCCAGGCACGGUUUGCUAGACGAGGAAGCCUCACGAUGCACAUGCUUACUCACACGGGGGAGCGGCCGUACGGCUGUUCCAUUUGCACGGCACAGUUCACUGAACGGUCACACCUCACCACACACAUGCGGAUCCAUACGGGGGAGCGACCGUAUGGCUGCUCCCUUUGCACGACACGGUUCACUCGAGGGUCACACCUCAACGUACACAUGCGUACGCACACUGGGGAGCGGCCGUACGGCUGCUCCAUCUGCCAGGCACGGUUCGCUGACCGAUCACAGCUCACCACACACAUGCGGACCCACACCGGGGAGCGGCCAUUCGGUUGCUCGAUUUGCACGUUACGGUUCGCUCAACGGUCAUCCCUCACGAUGCACAUGCGUACCCACACGGGGGAGCGGCCAUUCAGCUGCUCCAUCUGCACGGCCCGGUUCUCUAAACGAGCAAACCUCACGAUCCAUAUCCGUACCCACACGGGGGAGCGGCCGUACGGCUGCUCCCUCUGCACGGCACGAUUUGGUGAUCGAUCAAGUCUUGCCAAACAUCUGCGGACCCACACGGGGGAGCGCCGAAGCAAUUCUCAAUAGCAUAUCAUCUUUCACCAUUUCAGUUGUUUUCUGUUAGGGGCGGGGAUGGCAACAUGCUUCUCUUAUUUUGUUGCGUUUGAAGCGCCAGAGGAGGGUUUUGCGGUUCGCCAUUUUACAUGCAUAAAUGUCUACUCAACCCUCAACCACGCGGGGGUCAGAUGUGCCCCCCCCCCCCUCCCCUCCCUUUUCUGGAAUGACUCACGAACCGCUUAUGCUAUCAACUUGAAACUUCUCCUUUAUUGGCUGUUUCCUGCAAAAGAUUUACACCCAUCUUCGAAUCAACGCGGUACAAUUGUAAGCUACUAGUGCAGUUUUGGUUGGCUGAGUGGUCACAUGUACAAAUUGUCUUGUAUGGUCGGAAAUUUACAAAUUGCAUUCGCAUGUUGGAAGGUACCAAGUACUUAAAGUGAGUAAUCCAACUUGUGGUAUUCCACAAGUUCGGUUAGGCCUGCUUGCUCGUAUGUAUAGUUACUAGCUGAUAGCUCCACACCUUAAACAGGCCCUCGUCCCAGUGACUGAAUUGGCCGAGCUCUGGGCAUCUUUAUAGUCCGUUUCACUAUUUCUGUGUUAUAUAGCUGUUGUUUCUUGUGAAUGUAACCGUGUGGAGCAUGAGAAUAUACAUUGUUUUCACUGGAA